CCUCAGCCUGACCACACUGAUCACUACUGGGAUAAAAUGGAAGAUUUUAAACCAGGCUUUCCCCAUCCAACAACACUGUCUGACAAAUUCCCAGAGACCAACUUUAAAAUCUUCUGGAAAGCUUUCCCAGGUAAAAAGGGGUCCGAACUGGGCGAGUACGACCCCCUGACUCAGGCCGACAGCGACGACGAGAGCGAGGAGGACGACCUGGUGCUGAACUACCCGAGGAACGGACUCUCCCCGCACCUGAGGCCGGGGCACGGCGGGGCCAAGCUACACGACGAGGAGGACGAGGAGGAGGACCCGUGGAGACACGGCGGGAAGGACAGCCGGGACGACGCCGACGGGUGCGCGGACGAAGGGGCGGGGCUGGUGACCGACGGCGCGGCGCAGAAAGAGAAGGUCAAGGCGGCGGUGCGCACGGCGGCUUUCGUGGUGCCGCUGAUCGGCGCCACCAUGUUCGUCCUGCUCUUCGCCUUCCUGAUGCCGUGCCGGCGGGGCGCCGUGCACCCGCUGACCGCGUGGGAGACGCAAGUGGGAAACGCAGGAGGUGUCACCUCUCCUCCCAUGGCAUUAUGGGAUGUGGACGGCGACGGUGUGGAGGAUCUAUUAAUAGCAGUCAUGAAAAUCAACAACAGCAGCCAGCAGAUCAGCUCUGGAGGAAACAGCAAAGAGUACAGCGUAGUGGCUCUGAACGGAAUGAACGGCUCAGUGAUCUGGCGUCGGCUGUUGAAGGAGCCGCUCUCCCACGUACAGUGUUCAGCUCUCAGCACCUGCCUCCUCGUCACCUCCACACACCUGUACAGUGUCAAUGCAUCCACAGGUAAGAAGUUGUGGGAGGUGCCAGCAGGUGAGGUGGAGUCGCACGCUGUAGCCGUUCCUGAUCUACAGGGGGAUUCUGUUCCAGACCUGCUGAUCGCAACCUUACCUGCAGAUCAGGAAUCAGAUCUGUCUUUGGUCCUGCACUCGGGAUCAACAGGCUCUCCGAUUGGUCAGCCAGUGAACUUUAACCUCACAGCGCAGGGGAAGCUGAUCGGUCCAUCACUGCAUGAGACGGCAGCAGGGGCGCACUACAUCCUGUUCGGUUUGGGUACGGUGGAGGCCGUGUCUCUGAGAGACAUUUACAGAAAGGCAACUGGAAAAUCGUCUCUGCCUCCCAGUAUCGGCAUACUGGACCCAGUCUGGGAAAAACAGAGGAAAAGCAACUCAUCUGUACUCAUCCACAUCUCCAGCGGUCUGGAUCAGGUGGAGUAUUUUCUGCCCCUGGUGGCCGGCGUGUGUAACAACCACAACAAUCUGGACGACGAGUGGAAUCGGAACCUGAGUCGCAGCGACUGGGUGCUGGUGUGUGUGAACAGUCGUGUCUCGGUGAUCCGAGAGAGAGACGUACACACCGUCUGGACGCUCGGCUCCACCUCUAUACACAGUCGUCCUGCUCUGGGUCAUUUUAACGAUGAUGGAGUUGCUGAUCUGCUCAUCCAACAAUCAGCUAAUGGAGUCAGAAAGGUGCAGAUCAUAGACGGGGCCUCAGGGCGGAGCCUGUGGGAGGCGGAGUUUAUCUGCCCCCUCCUGGUUCUGGAAGGUUCCACCAUUCUGACCUCGUCUGGACAGUCCGUGUUCCUGUUCUGGGCAGGAGAUCCUCUGUCUGCGGUGAAGAACAUCACCAAGCUGCAGGUGAGCCCGUCCGAGCCAGUCCUCCGCCGGCUCUUCCUCCUCCACCCGUCGUAUCCCACAAUCCUCCAGGAGCUCACCAGCACUACUGACACGGCGCUCACGGCCACAGUGAGCUACGAGGAGGAGCAGAAGGACGCCUCCUACGUGGCGGUCCUGUCCCGGCCCGUUUCGGGCGUCGGCCCCGAGGCCCAGCUGGCCAAGAGCGUGAGCGUCAGGGCGUCGCUGACGUCGGCCAACAGCGUCCACCUGAGCGAGGAGAAACCGUCGCAGAGCUCCUUCCAGAUCAGCAGGUUCUUCAGGAGCCUGACCUUCAGACGCCAGUGAGACCUCUUACAUCACUUCCUGUGGGGACCUGACGCUGCGCUCGACUCACCUCAAACUCACGUCAUCUAACAAACCGGGUUCGAAUCUCAAAGUGUGAAAACACGAAGCUCAUGCACAACUGCUGAUCCAACCGUAGUACUCAGUAUAGCCAAAAGUAUGUGGACACCCGACUAUUGUUAAAGAUCCCAUUCCACAAGCACCAGCAUGACUAUGAGGACCUGGUCCGAUGAGUUUAACAACAAGUUAGUUUCAUUCCAACUCCAGCCUUUACACAGGUGCAUGUGGCUACACAUUUAUGAGGCCUGAGUCAACAUUCCAAUUCAUCCCAAAGGCUUUCAGUGGGCUGGAGGUCAGGAUUCCCUUCAGACCAGGUCCUCAUAGUCAUGCUGGAACAGAAAGGGCCUUCCCUAAAACGUUACCACUAAUUGUAAGUACCUUGUAAAUGGGUGUGGCUGAAACUUGAAUCAUUAGGAUGGGUGUUCGUAUACUUCUGGCUGUCUCAUAAUCACAUGCUGCCAUGAUAUCAGGGUUGACGAGACUCUCCGGACCUUCGGAAUGACAGCGGACGGCAGUAUUUUAUGGACAGAUUGCUUAUAUUUAUUCCUAUUUAUUUAUAACCACUGAACACAGAGUUCAAAAAUAAACAUUUACAGCAUG